GAGAGAAGAGACCAGCCACAGACGGACGCUGCUCUCAGUGACAAAAUGGCUUCCAUGUCAGAGGAGGAUUUCUGCUGUUCAGUCUGUCACGAAGUCUUUAGAGAUCCUGUUCUUCUGUCAUGUAGCCACAGCUUCUGUAAAGACUGCCUGAAGACCUGGUGGAGAGAGAAACAGGCACAGGAGUGUCCAGUUUGUAGGAAAAGAUCAAAAAGGCCAGAACCACCUCGUAACCUGGAAUUAAAGAAGCUGUGUGAGAGUUUCGUACAGCAGAGAGAUCAGAGAGCUUCAGAGGGUCUCUGCAGUCUGCACUCUGAGAAACUCAAACUCUUCUGUAUGGACCAUCAGCAGCCAGUGUGUCUUGUCUGCAGAGAUUCACAAAAACACUCCAACCACAUAAUCAGACCCAUCGAUGAAGCUGCACGACAACACAAGAGGGAACUUCAGGAAACUCUGAAACCCUUAAAGAAGAAGAUAAAGAAAGUUAAAGUGAAGUUUGAUCAAACAGCAGAACACAUAAAGCUCCAGGCCCGACGCACAGAGACGCAGAUUAAGGAUCAGUUUAAGAAGCUUCGCCAGUUUCUAGAACAGGAAGAGGAGGCCAGGUUGGCUGCACUGAGGGAGGAAGAGGAGCAGAAGAGUCAGAGGAUGAAGGAGAAGAUGGAGGCUGUGAGCAGAGAGAUAGCAGCUCUUUCAGACACAGUCAGAGCCACAGAGGAGCAGCUGAGAGCUGAAGACGUCUCAUUCCUGAUCAACUACAAGGCUGCAGUGGAAAGAGUCCAGCAGAGCCCCCUGCUGGAUGAUCCACAUCUGCUCUCAGGAGCUCUGAUAGACGAGGCCAAACACCUGGGCAACCUGAGCUUCAAUAUCUGGAACAAGAUGAACAACAUGGUCUCCUACACUCCUCUGGUUCUGGACCCAAACAGUGCUGGUUCAAAACUCAUCCUGUCUGAAGAUCUGACCAGUGUGAGACAAGGAGGAGAGAAACAGCAGCUUCCUGAUAAUCCAGAGAGGAUUGAUUAUUACUACUCUGUCCUGGGCUCUGAGGGCUUUAACUCAGGGACUCACAGCUGGGAUGUUGAGGUUGGAGACAGUACAUACUGGGUACUGGGUGUGUUAGCAGAGUCUGUCCAGAGGAAGGGAGACAUAGAGUCUGGAUUAUGGGGAACAGGGUUCAAGGAAGGUGAAUACUUUGCUCUGUCUCCAUCAGCUCCAGAUAUUGAUCUCCCAUUUGAGACGCAGCUCCAGAGGAUCAGAGUGACUCUGGACUGGAACAGAGGAAAGCUGUCAUUCUCUGAUCCUGAUACUAACACACACAUACACACCUUCAGACACACUUUCACUGAGAAGAUGUUUCCAUGCAUUAACACUGAUGGUAAUCUGAAGAUAUCACCACUGAAGGUCUGUGUGACAAAACGACAGGUCUGAUAGAGUCUGUAGUUUUAGGGUGGCUAUUCACUUCUUAAACGUAAAUGUGGGCCAUCUUUUUAUGUAGAAAUAAUAUCUGAACUGAAUGAUAAAAUAAGUUCAAACUUUAUAUCUGCAGCAGCAAACAGUAACAGGAUUAAAUAUGAAAGAAUAUAAACAGAAUAAUGGUUGUUAAUAUAAAGGGUAGUAAACUAAUUGCAGCAGUAAAGGAGACGGCUGAAUGAAACACAACAAAAGGUUUUAAAAAGCUAAAAGAUAUGUGUUUAUAUUCAAAACUGGGCUUUUUUCAAGUUUUAGUUCUUUUUCAAAAAUAUUUCACGAGUUUUACUCCCGACAAUUUAUCUGAUAUUUUCAUCACUUUUUUGUCCCCCCGACCCCUCCCCAGAUAGUUGGAGAUCUCAACCCCCCCCCCCCAAAUGUUGAACCCAAAGUUACUCCUUUGUGUUCUGUCUCCAUUUACAUUGUUGUGAUUGUUUUAGUGUUUAAUGGCUGUGUGUAGUUUUGAUGUAAGUCAAUAUUUUGAGAUUAUAACUUAUACUUUUUUAGAUACUGAGCAGAGUUUGACAUAAGCAACGGUCCAAUGGUUCAAUGGCUCAAUAGCCCGAUGGCUAGAUACCCCGGGGACAGUAAUACUGUAUGCCGGGCAAGUUGAUUGGCCAGUAUUAUAUAUCUUUUUCCUAUGUUGUUUAUACAUGUUACCUUUAGGGAAAUCAACUGUUUUACCAUUUAAAAAAAAAAAAAGGUUUAUCAAGAGGACUUAACUUACCUCUUUCCUUUUUCUUUAUGUUUUAUGCCAUUGUAACUGUGUUAAACUGCUCUGAAUAUAUUUAGGAGCUCUUCCUGCUUCUGGUCCUGGUUGUGAUGUUAAUUUGAGAUGAAGACUUGCAGAUAGAGAGAAGAAUGAGCUCACAGUGAGUCAUAAUGUGACAGAAAAGGGCUUGGUGUAAGCAGGGUUAAAAGUUAAUGUGAUCUAUCUUUUCCUAAACCUAACUUUCCCGUUCUUGUGCCGUAUGUCAGUUAAAUGUCUGCUGCAACCCAGAGCGUCAAAAAGUGACGGCAAGAGUCCCUACCAAGCAUGUCACAUACGAGGAACGCCAAAGAUACCUGACCAAGUGUCACUUUCUGACGCGCUGGGAGUGAGAAUGUGUUGGUUUAAUGUCUAUGUGUAGUUUUGAUGUAAGUCAUUAUUUUGAGAUAUUAAGCAGGGUUCAACAUAAGCAAUGGUCCGAUGGCCCUAUGACCCGAUGGAACGAUGGACCGAUGGCCCAAUGACUCGAUGGAUCGAUGGCCCAAUGACCCGAUGGACCGAUGGCUCGAUGGCCCAAUGACUCGAUGGAUCGGUGGCCCAAUGACUCAAUGGACCGAUGGCUUGAUGGCCCAAUGACUUGAUGGACCGAUGGCCCAAUUACUCGAUGGCUUGAUGGCCCAAUGACUUGAUGGACUGAUGGCCCAAUGACCUGAUGGACUGAUGGCCCAAUGACUUGAUGGCCCAAUGACUUGAUGGACUGAUGGCCCAAUAACUUGAUGGACCGAUGGCCCAAUGACUUGAUGGCCCAAUGACUUGAUGGACUGAUGGCCCAAUGACUUGAUGGCCCAAUGACUUGAUGGACUGAUGGCCCAAUAACUUGAUGGACCGAUGGCCCAAUGACUUGAUGGACUGAUUGCCCAAUGACUUGAUGGACCGAUGGCCCAAUGACUUGAUGGACUGAUGGCCAAAUGACCCGAUGGCUCGAUGGCCCAAUGACUUGAUGAACCGAUGGCCCAAUGGCUUGAUGGCCCAAUGACCCGAUGGACCAAUGGCUCGAUGGCCCAAUUACUUGAUAGACCGAUGGCCCAAUGCUUUGAUGGACUGAUGGCCAAAUGACUUGAUGGACUGAUGGCCCAAUGACUCGAUGGACCGAUGGCCUGGGACAGUAAGACUGUAUGUUGGGCAAGUUGAUUGGCCAGCCAAUCAAAGUGACAAGUGUAGAAAUAUUACUAUUAUUUAGACGUGUUAUUCUCUGUAUUAAAGUUCAUAUUAUAUUGUGUUGCUCAUUGCUGUGAGUUGUGUGUAGUCAUGAGAAGUUGGUCAGAAAUUCCAGGGAGGAUACACUUGUAUUCGCUCUACAAUGAAUAGGCUCGGACGCACAGAUGGUUUAGCUCUAGCUUUGAUUACAGUUUAUUAUAGUUUAGGAAUGUGAUUGUAUGUUAGAAACUGUUUUAUACCAGACCGUAAGUAGAAUAACAGGAAAUAGCUUUUAGGUUGGUGUGCAUGUGUUCGGGUGAGGAGAAAAGAUUACGAGAACAAGAACAUGAAGUUACAGAUACACCACAAAGAGGACAUCGACCUCUUCGGACUGUCCAAUAGCCGAUAAUCGGGUUGGUGUGUCAGCGCCUUUAGACCACAAAGACGCCCCAACCCUGCACGUGUGUGGUGUAUGAAGAUAACAGAAUCUGCCCAGAGACAGGAGGAUGACACCCCAUCAAGGAAAAAGAUAAAGGUUGAGGGAUAUUACAGAUUUGGGGCUCACAGUUCGACAGAGACUUUGCUGACCUGAGCUCCGUACAUUUGAUGUCUGAAGCUAGGGAAACUUAGUCUCUUUUUGUGAACUCACAAUUGUGUUCUGUAAACUUAACUGCUGGACUUAGUAAACUUUGCUAAACUUGAUGCUAACGUCUCAGUUUUGAUCGUUGAGUUCUGGUAUCACAUGUCUCAUCAACAGACGUGAGGGAAUUAAAGUGGUUCGAGUAAGUUCGAGUUCUUCGAGCUUACUCGAACCACGAACUCGAGCCUUUGGGCCUGUGUUUUUGGCCAGAAUUCCCUUCACGAGUCAUUUCCUUGUAAUUUGAUGCUAACGUUGGGUGCAACACUAUCUUUUCUUUUUACCUCUGUAAUGGUAGAACUGAAUGUAUUUAUCUUUUGACUUCAAUAAAUGUCUGUGGUGUGAAAUAAAA